AUGUCGAGACUCGCCAGCAGCCCUCGAUCUUCGGAGCAGGCCAAUUCUCGCAACGGGUCGCCCGAGACCAGACUGACUGCGUUCUCUCCCGAGCACUCUCGUUCCCAGCCUUUUGUCCCAGCUCCGGAGUCAUCGAUGCGUGCUGCUUUGAGACGCUCCAUCUUUCAACGGGAGGCACAAAACCCCUUUGUGUCUGUUCCUUCUGCUGCUUCUCUUCGCUCUACUGGACGUGUGCAGCUUUCUCCAACUGCCUCCAGCUUUACUCCUGGCGGCUACGACAGAAACGCGUCUGCUGGCUCCAUGCCUUCUCCUUCCUUCUUGCAGGACCAAAACCCUGCCAAUCUUGCUGACCUGACAAAGACUUCUGUUCCUGAUACCCCCGGUCUUGUCAGUACCCUUUCUCCUCACGGCUCUGUUGAUUUUGGUCCAAUUGGUGGCGUCAGAGUCUCUCCCCCUUCCAGCUCCAGAUUUAUCCCCGGCCCCUAUGCCAUGUACUACCAGUAUGGCCGUUUUGACUCCGAGAACCGCAACCGUGCAUUCGUCAUCGAAGGUGCUCCUACGGACAUGCCUUAUCAUGAUGUCGCCGCAAUAUUCAAUCACCGUGAGUUCAAUACCGUCAAGGGACCCGUCCUUUGCGAGCUUCUUUCUCAUGGAAGAAUCUACGUUGGUUUCACCGACAUCUAUGAAGCAAAGAUGGCUGCUGUCAAAGCCAAGUCCUUCUUCCCCAAUUGGCGUUUCCAUGCCUUGACCGCAAAGGAGUUCACCCAAAAAUUCGAGCCCUUGCUUGCUUCCACCACUUCAGACUACGAGGGACAGAUCUUUGCUACUGUCUACUACAAUGGUAGCCACGCAGAUGCAGAUGGACGUGUCAUUUCUCACUCGUUCAAAAACCUUCUCUCCACCUACGGUGAUAUCAAAGCCUUUGACAGCAUCCCCACCGAUCACAACAACAUUGUCAACUUUCACGUGGAAUUCAACGACACUCGCGCUGCCGAUAAUGCCGUGUCUGCUCUCAAUGGCUCUUCUCUUCCAGACUGCAUCGUCGACAUCAAGUAUUUCAAGCCAGACGUUGUCCAUCAUGCCCAUGCUCAUCACCCAACCGAAGAGCCAAUCACCCGCACUUCUCCAAUCGCGAUGAACGACUGUGGCAUUUCUAUGGCUCGUCGUAGGAGCUUCGGCUCCAAUCAUUAUAUGGAGUUGAGCCCAACUGGACGUUCCACGAUCCCCGUCGGUGAUCCCGCCGUUGCAACCUGGAACCGCAGAUCUGAAGAAGGACAUAACUUCCGUUCUCGUCAUGGCUCUGGACGAAAUCGUCACAACACCCAUAAUAACAUGAACCAGAACCACGUCGACAUUGAACGUAUCCGUCUCGGUCUCGAUGUUCGGACUACCAUCAUGCUCCGCAAUAUUCCAAACAAGAUUGACCAGGCUAUGCUUAAAGAUAUUGUUGAUGAGACCAGUCACGGUAAAUACGACUUCAUGUAUCUCCGCAUCGAUUUCGCCAACAACUGCAAUGUUGGAUAUGCAUUCAUCAAUUUUGAAGAUUUUGCAAAAGCUCGUGCUGGCCGCUCAUGGAACUGCUUCAAUAGCGACAAAGUUGCUGAAAUUUCAUAUGCUACCAUUCAAGGAAAGGACUGCCUCGUUCAGAAAUUUCGCAACAGUUCUGUAAUGCUGGAACAUCCCUCAUUUCGCCCAAAGAUCUUCCACACUGGCACUGGCCCCUUAGCUGGCACUGAAGACCAUUUCCCUGGGCCUGACAACCCAUCAAAGAUGCGCCGCAGCGUCGAGAAUGCCGAGCAUGUAGGCUUAUUUGCCCCAAGAGUAGGCCAGCAAUAUCGCGAUGAACAGCGUCGUCGUCGCUCACAGUUUGACCGUGGCACCACUGCGGCCGAGCGUGAAUCUCAUUGGACCCGUGACUGGCCUGCCCACCCUGAGAGAAUGGAACAAAUCCGUUCUAAUAUCAUGAACUCUUGGUAUGAGCCAACUGGUGGCAAUCGUCAUCAUCAUCAUCAUCUCUCUGGAUAG